AACCGCCCCCUCUCUCCAUCACCUGUCGCCGCUCCGACUACUUCGGCUCGCCGCCGCCGCCGCCGCGUCNCGCCGCCGCCGCAGGAGUCCCCCACCUCCUCCUUCGCCGGAGGGCAAUCGCCGAGGGUUUUCGUGGGCUACUCCAUCUACAAAGGAAAGGCCGCGCUCACUGUAGAGCCGAGAGCCCCCGAGUUCGCCCCUUUGGAUUCCGGAGCGUAUAAGGUUUCGAAGGAGGGAUUCGUUCUCCUCCAAUUCGCUCCUGCAGUGGGAACUCGGCAGUAUGAUUGGAAUAGGAAGCAGGUUUUUUCUUUAUCUGUCGCUGAGAUAGGAACUAUAAUUAGUCUUGGUGUGAAGGAUUCGUGUGAGUUUUUCCACGACCCCUUUAAGGGAAGAAGCGAAGAAGGAAAGAUACGCAAGGUUUUAAAGGCGGAACCUCUACCAGAUGGCACUGGUCACUUUUUCAAUCUUAGUGUUCAAAACCGCCUGGUGAAUGUGGAUGAGAGCAUUUAUAUUCCCGUUACAAAAGCUGAAUUUGCUGUCCUAAAUUCGGCUUUCAAUUUUAUUUUGCCAUAUCUACUGGGUUGGCAUGCAUUUGCAAAUGCUAUAACUCCGGAGAACACUAUCCAGUCGAAUAACCUACGAUCUGGGCCUGAAUCAGAGUGGGGCAGAUGAAAGAAUAUUGUGCUUUAAAAAAAAAAAGAAGCAAAAGUUAAAAACCGAUGAGGUAUGAGAUAGGGCUUUCUCUUAGUUACCUCUUUAACGCAUAAUUUGGUGCUGUAAUGUUCCAUGUAAGUACGAAAUUAGAAUCAUGUUUUUCUAUUCUGUUAAGUAUUCGGUUUACAAUUUUGUUUUUAUUAGUUUGAUUUACUGUUGUCACAAAUCAGUUAUAUAUGCAUGAUUAGCCAACUGAAUAGCUUUGCCCUCUGGUU